UGACAGGCCCCGCCCAUAUAGUGAGCUGUCAUUCGGUUAGCGGGCAACACGGUUCUCUUCAUAAAAACUGUAAUAUACAAAAAGAAGAAGAAAACAAAUAUGGCAAUUUCUAGCAGUCAGUCUUUUAUUUUGGCUUCUGUGUUAUCAUUAUUGGUUUUUUCUGGGAUGCAAAUGUAUAAACAUUUACUGGUGUCAUCCCAGCCACUAACACUUUUGGGUGGCUUCCUUGGAUCCAUUCUUUUCUCCCUCAUUUUGACUGCUGUUGGAAACCUGGAAUCCUCACUUUUUGGCAAAAGUUUCCAGACAAAGCUUUUCCCAGAGGUUAUUAUUUGCCUUGGAAUUGCAUUAACAGCUUCAGGAAUGGUUCAUCGCAUUUGCACAACUGUUUGCUUGGUGCUUUCAUUAGUCCACUUAUACCACAUAAACUUGCUGUCUCAGAAGAUCUAUGGACAAAGUGUAGCUGUUCAAACUUUCACUACAAAGAAAAGGAAGUAGGGUUGUACAGUCAUUGAAUACAUUUUUAAACCCUU